AUGAUCACGUACAUCCUCCUCGUCUCGCGCCAGGGCAAGGUACGCCUGGCGAAAUGGUUCACGACGAUGCCGCAGAAGACCAAGGCUAAGAUCAUCAAAGACGUCACGCAGCUCGUCCUCGGUCGGCGGACGCGCAUGUGUAACUUCCUCGAAUACAAAGACACGAAAGUUGUAUAUCGCCGAUAUGCCUCGCUGUUCUUCGUCUGCGGGAUCGCUUCGGGGGAUAAUGAACUGAUAACGCUGGAGAUCAUACAUCGAUACGUCGAGGUGCUGGAUCGAUACUUUGGGAAUGUCUGUGAACUCGACCUCAUCUUCAACUUCCAGAAAGCUUAUGCAAUACUCGACGAGCUCAUCAUCGCAGGAGAGCUCCAGGAAUCAUCGAAGAAAUCUGUCCUCCGGGUGGUAACACAAUCUGACAGCAUAGAAGAACAAGAGAACAGCGAGGACACAAUGGCUAGGUUGGGAAGCCUCGGUUCGAGGGGGCCGUAG